CAGCUGAUCUGUCAUUUCACAAACUACAGACUGGACAGACGGACAGACGGACGGUCGUCCCUCUGCUGCUCUUGCUCGCUGUGCUGGACCAAAGACCGCCUUAGAUAAAGAGAAACCAAACAGAAAAACAAUUUACUUUCUUUACAUAGGCCUAAUUGUUUGGUUUUGGACACCAUGGUGAAACAGCGACGCAUCAGAUCGAAUUCCUGUUGCUCAGCUGUUGCACCUCUUUGUUGCAGAAGAGGACCACUAAAGACUCUGACAAAGCCUGCCAUCUUUGCCAGGGAGACUAGUUGUGAUUGUCGCGCCCCUCAUGAGAAACUCACCAUUGCUCAGGCCCGCAGAGGCACCCCAGUGGACCGGCCUGUCAGAGUCUAUGCAGAUGGCAUCUUUGACCUGUUCCACUCUGGGCACGCUCGUGCUCUCAUGCAGGCCAAGAACCUCUUUCCCAACACCUACCUCAUAGUAGGAGUGUGCAGUGAUGAGCUGACCCAUAAGUACAAGGGUUUCACAGUCAUGACGGAGAUUGAACGUUAUGAAGCGUUGAGACACUGCCGCUAUGUUGACGAGGUUUUGAGAGACGCACCCUGGACUCUCACACCGGAGUUCCUAGAGAAACACAAGAUCGAUUUUGUGGCUCACGAUGACAUCCCAUACUCCUCAGCAGGAAGUGAGGACGUUUAUAAACACAUUAAGGAGGCAGGGAUGUUUGUGCCUACACAACGGACUGAGGGAAUCUCAACAUCUGACUUGAUCACAAGAAUUGUGAGAGACUAUGACGUCUACGCCCGACGCAACCUCCAACGUGGCUACACGGCCAAGGAGCUUAACGUCAGCUACAUUAACGAGAAGAAGUACCGGCUGCAGAACCAAGUGGACCGCAUGAAGGAGAAGGUUCGCACGGUUGAGGAGAAGAGCAAACAUUUUGUUUACCGUGUGGAGGAGAAGAGUCACGACCUCAUUCAGAAGUGGGAAGAGAAAUCCAGAGAGUUUAUCGGCAACUUCCUAGAACUUUUUGGCCCUGAUGGGACUUGGAAACAGGUGUUUCAGGAGCGCAGUGGACGAAUGCUGUCCUACGCUUUGUCUCCCCGAGAGUCGCCCUGCAACAGUCCUCCCCGCGAACUGUCCCCCCUGCGCUCUCCCUCACCCCCGUCUCCCCCCGCCCGCUGGCACAAUGCACGGCCCUCACCCCCAACCUCCCCCAAAGGAGCAUCUGCCUCUAUAAGCAGCAUGAGUGAAGGUGAUGAAGAUGAGAAGUAGAUGGAUUGUUGAACACACACAUACACACACACACACACACACACACACACACACACACACACACACACACACACACACACACACACACACACACUUCACUCAUAGUACACUGCCUGAGAACUGCUCACACACACAAACACAUAUACUCUGACAAACACUGGCUGGAUACUGAAACAGUUAUCCUCAAGGAAGUUGCUAAUAUGCAAGGCAGAUGGGGAUCAUGGGAAAUGAAGUUCUGUGCCACAGAGCUAAGAAGCCCUCGCUGUCUCUGUUGUCCAGGCAACCAAGCAGACAGGUGAAAGAGAAACGAAGAAGAGGAUUUAUGUACACAGUGUCGCAUAUCCUAAGAAGGUCCAGAAUGCUUUGCGGCAUCUUUCGAGAGGAUUUGCUUUGGAUUGUCCAGUGCUUAUAGAGACUGUCCACCAGCCUGCUCAUAAUAUCACCUGAUUGUUUAAUGUCCUAUUCUGUUUAGUUUAGCUUUUUAUUUUUUAAGAUGCCAAGAUUUCGUGUAACUACUGUAACCACUAGAUGUGAAUAGGCACAAAGUUACAGAACAUUGUGUUUGAUGUUCAGUUUAACAGUUCAUGUGAAACGACAGGAACUGGAUUCAUUCUCCACGGAGUCAUUUUGCUCUUGUUAAACUGAGAGUUAGGAUUUACACUGCACACCCUAGUUUAGCAGAGGUGAUGUUUUGGACAGCCUCUUGGCACUAAAACACAUAUUUGGUGCUAGUUUGCACCAUUUUAACAUAAAUGGUUGGCAAGGAAUAUAGAAUCAGUGAUCCACAAUUAUUGAUUCACUUGUUCCCACGCUACUGAUAUAACCACUAAUACAGAUUAAACUAAUCCCUCAGAAAAUCAUAAGAAAUUAAAAUAAGCCGGUGGAAUAGCAGCCUGUAUGAUCCUGAAAUGUAUCCAAAACUUAGAUGAUUGGUGGGGAAAAAAAAACUCUAGUGAAAGACGACUGAAUUUGGGAGGUGGUUUUCAUCACCUCAGUUGUACAGCUUCUAAUCCUUACUUUAAAGUUCAUGUGAAGAAAAAUAAGCUUUGAAAUGAAAAUGGAAAUCAGUUCUGUCAUAAAGUUAGACACUAAAACGAGCCCCUUUAGAUCUGAGUCUUGGACUUCACCUAUUGAUGGUGAUGAGAUAGAAAAAAAACAGCCUUCAUUUAUUAGCUUCUUGAAUGUAAACUGAGUCAUUGAGGCCGCACCUACAGUAGAGAAUACAUGUAAUCACUCUAAUUUCUGGUCACAUGCCAUACAAACACACAAAUCCUUUAUCAUCACAGUCGUUCAGUAGGUCACACAAAUAUCACGUCUCGCAGUAAUCCAUCAGUAGAAACAUUUGUGGAUUUUCAGCAUUAAAAAGCCAUGUGUUUUGUUUUUUUUGACAGUUUGUCAUGUUUUAUCAUUAAGGUUUAGCCGACAUUCCUGCUUUUUGGAAUUUGAUGUCAGCUGUUAAUCAAAUCCGGCAAACUUGGAGAUGCAGCCUUUCUUAAUAGGAUUCUGAUGAUACUUGAAAUAUACAAUUGUUAAAGCCCUCUAGGUGAACUGUCAGUUCCUAAAAUGCCAGAUCAUCACCCUGUUUUAUUUGCUAUUAUUGGAAAUGUAUGUGAUAACUUUAUUUUUAUUUUUUGCUCAGGUCUGCUCAUUCAUGUCAGGCGGGAACAGACCUCUCUUCCACCCAAACAAUACAAUAAAUACCCCCAAUGCAAUGUAGAGACCUAACGUCCUGUACGCACUACAUGUUAAUCUGCACUAUAUGGACAAACUUUGGGCAUUGUGUGUCUUUUUUUAUUUUUUAAAUUUCAAUGUUCAAAACGGCUUGAUAUGUAAAUAAAUUAAAAAAAAAGCUAUAACUGAAUGUGAAUUAAAAGUGCAUUUCACCUUA